AUGUCAGUCAGCCCGGCGCCGUCGCUCCAGCUGGCCGAGUACCUGGAGAAGCUCCCUGGUACCACGUUCAGGAAACUGUACCAGCAGCCCUCGACAGCCUUUGCCAUCUUCCGCCGCAUGCUGCCGCACCUGGCAAAAACCUUUGUCAUGCGCAUCCUCUACUCCCCGAAGCCGAUCCUCCUCACCGACCUCGACGACUGGGUCAAGCCGAGCGCCAAACGACAAAAGGACCAGGCCCUUUCCAUCCUGCGCGUCCUCUACAUCGUCCAGAUCACGGCGCCCUCGAAAGAAAGGCCGCAGGAGAUGCAGCUGACUGCCAACUUCAAGACUUCCCUUCGACUCGCCCUCUCCGGAGGUGGCACCCAUAACUCGUUUGGUGUGCCCUCGAACCUCCAGGUCCCCCCCGAGAUCGACAUCAUCUUCCUCGACCGCUACGCUAGGAGGAAAUGGGAGGAUAUUCUACACUUUGUCGUGUCCAGUGUCGGGUACAAGAGCACGAGUGACGUUUCCGGACCUAAUAAGAGUGUGAAGGAACUCCUCAUCGCGGGCCGUCUGGUCGACCGCAAACCCAACGGCAUGGUGGGCAUUACGCAGGCUGGGUUCACCUUUUUGCUACAAGAGGCCAACGCACAGGUCUGGACGCUGCUUCUCCUCUGGCUCGAGGCCAUGGACGUUAACAAGGGCGCUGGUCUCGAGGCCACCGAUAUGCUGUCCUUUCUCUUUGUUCUCGCCAGCAUGGAACUAGGCCGCGCCUACGACACAAAUGCGCUGACCGAGCAGCGUAAGAACAUGCUUCCGUCUCUUGUCGACUUUGGCCUCAUCUACAUCCCUAACCACAAGCGCUCCAUGUUCUUCCCGACUCGUCUAGCAACGACCCUCACUUCAAGCGGCAACAGCUUGCGCAGCAUUAGCGAUGGUGUAGCUGCCGCCACAGCUGCUGCUCUCCAGCCAGGCCAAUCUGGUGGAACUGGUGGCAGCACGACAGGUUCUGGCCAGGAGCAGCGUGGCAGUGUCAUUAUCGAAACAAACUACCGCAUUUACGCCUAUACCCAGUCGACCCUCCAGAUCGCCGUUCUGGCCCUCUUCUCCAAGCUCUCAAUGCGCUUCCCAGACAUGGUCGCCGGCCGUCUCUCGCGCCAGUCGAUCCGCCAAGCCAUCAACUUUGGCAUCACGGCCGAUCAAAUCAUCUCGUACCUAGCCGCCCACGCGCACGACCAGAUGCACCGCACCGCCGCGCUCAACAACAAACCCGUCCUGCCCCCGACGGUCGUCGACCAGAUCCGUCUGUGGCAGCUCGAGAACGAGCGCAUGAAGACGACGAGCGGUUUCCUGUUCAAGGAUUUCGAGGAUCACAAGGAAUACAUGGCCGUCGCUGGCUUUGCUGAGGAGGUGGGCGUUUUAGUCUGGCGCAACGACGUCAAGGGCAUGUUCUUUGCGAGCAAGCACGAGCAGAUUCGUGACUACCUUCGCAUUCGCAAGAAGGCCGAGUAG